AUGAACGGGACGUCUGGAUGGGCUCGUUUGUUCAGGACUGCGGCGAGUCGAACGCCGUGGCUCCCGCGACCAGUCUCACACUCCUCAUGGACAUCUGCUGUUCGACCGAGCCAUCUUCUCAAGAAGCGCGCAUAUGCCACCGAGGCCGCCCCUCCGAAGCCCCCUAAGUCGCCCAAGUCCCGCAGACGCCUGUAUGUCGUCGGUGGCAUAGUCCUUGCCGCCACGGGCGCUGUCGCUGUCAGCGACGAUGCCCGCUACAUCUGGAUCGCUGCCCAGCGUACUGGAAGGGUCGUCAGCACCCUCGCCCUCAACAUAAACGACUACCGCCGCACCCUCAACCAGUACGAUGCUUUGCCCGAACCCGACUACCAGGCUCUCCUCAAAGACUGUCACCAGCGCUGCGCUGACCGCACGCUGAUCGUAUUGCAAAAGAAUGGCUCUAUCUUCGUCAAGUUGGGGCAACAUCUUAGCAGCAUGAACUACCUCCUGCCUGCCGAGUGGUGCGACACCUUCAUUCCCUUACAAGACCAGUGUCCAGUGUCUUCGAUGGAGAGCGUCGAGGCCAUGGUACUCAAGGAUACCGGAAACACCCUGUCACACUAUUUCUCCGAGUUCGAGACGAAUCCAAUUGGUGCGGCCUCUCUGGCCCAAGUUCACCGUGCUAUCCUGCGCGAAACUGGCGAACGCGUCGCUGUCAAGGUCCAGCACCCUGCUCUUGACGAGUGGGCCACCCUCGACCUGGCUCUCACCCGCUUCACCUUCCGUACCCUCAAGCGUUUCUUCCCGGAAUACGAUUUGACCUGGCUGAGUGAUGAGAUGGACGAGAGUUUGCCGAAAGAGUUGGACUUUGCUCUUGAGGGCUCUAAUGCCGAACUCGCCCGCAAGUAUUUCGCCCAAGUCGCAUAUCUACCCGUCAUUAUUCCCAGAGUCCACUGGGCCCAGCGCCGCAUUCUUGUCAUGGACUACGUCACUGGUCGCAGGCCUGACGAUCUGGCCUAUCUUGACGCCAACAACAUUGACCGCGACGAAGUCUCUGCUGCUCUUGCGCGUAUCUUCAACGAGAUGAUCUUUGGCAAGGACGCCCCUUUGCACUGCGAUCCCCAUGGUGGCAAUAUUGCUGUUCGUCUGAAUACCUCUAAACGUGCUCCCAACAACUUUGACAUCAUCCUGUACGAUCACGGUCUGUACCGCGUGCCUGACAAUACCCUUCGUCGCAGCUACGCUAAGCUAUGGCUUGCUGUUCUGGACGCUGAUGAGCCACGCAUGCGCCAAUAUGCAAAAGAGGUGGCCGGCAUCAACGAUGAGCAGUUCCCCCUGUUUGCCUCUGCAAUCACUGGCCGCGAUUACCGCGUUGUCACAAAGAGCGUAGCGACAUCAAGAACAGAUGAGGAGAAAGAGGCCAUCUCAGACGCGUUAGGUGACGGCAUGCUCGAGCAGCUCGUUCAGCUCUUGGGCCAAGUGCCUCGUGUCAUCCUUCUCAUCCUCAAGACCAACGAUCUCACUCGUAGUCUCGACGAGAACCUGCAUACCCGCCAGGGACCCGUCCGCACCUUUAUGAUUCUAGCACGUUAUGCCGCUCGUGCAGUUUAUGAAGAAAAGAUGGAGAUUUUGUCUGCUGCUGGAUUUGGCCCCAGAAGGCUCUGGCGCAGGUUCACUGCCUGGGCCGAUUUUGCCCGCAUCGAGUUCAAACUCUCUGCAUUCGAGACGUGGCUCAACAUCAAGAGAUUCCUGGGCAUGCAGCCCACGAUUAUCUAG